AUGACUUUCUUCGGCUACACACCCGCUAAGGCCACUUUCCUCAUCGUGGUCAUCGCCUCUGCAGUGAUCCUUUCCGCCCCUGCGCGCGUCACUGCCGCCGGGAGUCCCGCCAACGCGACUGCGCCUGCCAACGCGACUGCGCCUGCUAACGCGACUGCUUAUGCUAAGGGGGUUGCUGCUGGCGCGAUUGGGACUGCAAAAGCAACCACGCCUGGAGAUGCUAACAGCACCACCGUGGCGGCGACAGCGAGGCAGAGCAAGAGCUCGGGGCUAGGAAAGAACUCCACAUGCGCCUAUUACGGCAACUACUCCGCCAACCCCUACUUUGGCAAGGGGCUCACCGUGAAGCUUCCCCCCGCUAUCUUCGGCAAGCGCUGCGGCGCGUGCUACAAGGUAGAGUGCCAUGGCGACAAGAAGCGCUGCCGCAGCGGCAAGGCGACCGUGACGGUCCGCGUCAUCGGCGCGACGACCACGGAGAAGCAGAUCUCGCUGUCCCCCGUCUCAUGGUCCAAGAUCGUGCAGGGAACCGAUGCCGCCCCCGUUAAUAUCACAUACAAGCGCACCAACUGCCAUUCGACCCUCGGAUCCGCUGUGCGCGUGCGCCGCAACUCGACGGCGGAGAAUUUCAACAUUCAGAUGGUGGGUCUUGCCGGCCCCGGCACGCUCAAGGCGGUCGAGAUCAGCGCGGACGGCAAGAGGUGGGCGAAGCUGACGCGCGACGGCAGCAAGGCGAUCUGGGGAAUCAAGGGCAAGGAGGCGAAGGAAGUUGUGGGCGCGAAGAAGGCGAUGAGCGUUCGCCUCACUGCGGGACACACUCUCGAGAAAAUUACCCUCGCGAAUGUCAUUCCCGCCGACUGGAAGCCGCAGACGCUCUACUCGUCCAAGACCAACUUCAAAAAGCUCAUGGCUGAGGCGAACCACCCCCCUCUUCCUCUCGAGAACCCUGUUGAUCUGGUUCCGCUCAUUGCUCAGCCUGGUAGAGAGACGAGACGAAACGACUCCUGA